AUGGGAUUCAGAGCGAUCAAAAGCUUAACUGACCCAUUCCUGCAACUUCACGAAUGGGACAAUGGAGCGGAGCGGAUUGUUCACACAACUACAAUGCAGAUUCUGCUCUUCUUCUGCUUUAUGCUCUCGUCGAAUCUACUGUUCGGUCAGCCGAUAACCUGUCUGAUGAUGCCAGAAACGCCCGAUUCGUCGGCUAAUUACUUCCACGAUUUUUGCUUUUAUCAGGACAAAUUGCGCAUUCCGAAUCAAGGGUAAUUUGAAUAAUUUUCAGUGAAAAGACGGGUUUUCUCUCUGGCAAUUCGAUAUUAAUCUAAUUAGAAAGUUACUGAUCUAAACGCGACCUAAUUAGAUUCGACUGUUUUUUCUUGGCGCAAUCGAGAUUUGAGCCAGCAGACGGUUGGCGUGAAACUUGAUUUGAGCACACAUCAAUCUAAUUAGAAUAUUUAUUAAUCUAACUAGACAAUUUAUUAAUCUAAUUAGGUGUCAUAUCAAUCUUAUUAGGCCGCCGUAUAACUCGAGUAGACUGCGAUUAGAUUAAUAACGAAAUGCCAGAGUCUGUCAUUUCAGAGUCGUCAAGCGAACUGCAAAUCAGGGCAUGAUGUCUGUCAAUCAAAACGCGAAAGAAGAAGUCGCCGUCACUUAUUAUCAGGUUAGGAAGUGAAUAGAAGUUUUGGAGCACAGAAUGUUUUCAGUGGACUCCUUUCAUUAUCCUUCUGCAAGUGGCGAUGUGCCUUCUGCCGGCCGUCAUCUGGAAGUUCUUCGGUCUUUAUUUCUUCUACGGCAAAGAUUUCUCGAACAUAGUGCACGGCCUUGUUUCGAAGGAAGAUGACGAAAAGAUCGGAUUGAAAAGUGAAGACUACGACGUGGAUGCAGUGAAAACGCGACGUUGGCUGCAGCUCAAGAAAAGAGAACGUUUCGGAACGUUCACUACAAUGACGAUUUACGUGUCGACGAAAUGGCUCACAUUUAUUUCGCUACUUUUCCAGUUUUACAUGAUGGCAAGAAUUUACGCCUCCGGAGAGCUCCUUUGGGGUGUCCACGUGAGUUCCUUUGAAUUAUGUGUUAUUGAUCUGAGCUUUCAGAUUUCCUACGAUUUGCUAAACGGCGUCUACAAAAAUAUAUUCAGCGGAGUUUUCCCUCAAAUUGUUGGAUGCAAAACUCAUCGAGCGGUGAGAUAACCAUAACAUUUAGACGACGAAAAGGCUGUUUUAAGCAAAUGGGAGGAGUUGUCAACGAAUUCAUAAUGCGCUGCAUUCUGCCGCAGAACUUCAUCAAUUCGAAAGCAUUUCUUUUUCUGUACUGGUGGUACAUUCUCGCGAUGCUCGUCAGCUUGUUCUCCGCCGUCCAGUUCACAGUCAUGCUCUUCGUCCCACGAUAUCAGCGCUAUUCGACUAAGUCGCUGCUCCCGGUAAGGCAUAGAAACGGUUCCAUUCUUGAUUUAUCUGUUUAGACUCAGGAGUUCUUUUUCGGACAAGCGGGAAGUGAGCAGCGCAAUGUGAUUCCCGGAGACAGCGACCCCUACGAGUUCUUCAUAGAUUCUCUCGGGUAUUGUCUUGCCGUGGGCUUCCUUUGUUAAGAAUCAAGUUUUUAGUAACGACGGAUACCUGCUCCUUCAGUGCAGCAGCGUGCCGCUCAGCGUCGUGGCUAUGCGCUGUUUCUCCAGUUCACUCUACCGAAUAAUAGUCCUGAAAAGCGACGAAUAUGAAGGCGGCGUGGUGAAACUGAAGAAACCUGUGAAGUCUCCCGUGGAUUACAUCGAGUUCGAUGGCGGAGGUGAUCGACUUCGUGCAGGAAAGUAAGUGGAGAAAAUUGUAAAUUAAAGUGAAUGAAAAGUUUAAGAUGCGAAAAAAAUAAGCAAAAGUUCAUUGACAACGAUUUAGCGCCACUCAUCGAUCACGCUAUGGUAGGAUACGGUCUAAGAGCAUAUUUUCAUAAGCUUUGAGUUUCAGCCGUCUACAAGUUCCGAGUCCAACAAGAAUCGCUACUCCCCGGCGCCGGGAAAGUGCCACGUUGACAGCGAAUGA